AACAGGCCACAGAUGUGCAGACAUUAACAAUGAGGCGCAUAGAUUUCCAGCGUACUCGGCAAGACGCGUCACAUCCCAUUCGUUCGCUGGAGAUGCAGGGAGUUCAACGGGCUCAGCCACGACCCUAGAAUCUGUAAUUGGCAUGGAAUCGAGCACGGUUCAAUGCGCCAGGCUCAGCCCCAAGGCUUGGAACCUGCUGCCUGGGGGCGAUGACGACUUUCGGCCUUGCACCAGCCCGCUCAGGGGAUAGAGAUGGCUGGACUGGUGCUAGAUUUGAGCAACGAAGCGCGCUGUUUACAACGUGCUGUCUAUAGGCCUUGUCGAUAACCUUGACGCUCUGAUAGUCGGCGCUCGUCCGAUUCAAUUAGAAGAAGAAUUAGCCCUCAGCAAAACAGACACCGUCAUUGGCAUUCAAAAACCGUCGCAUCUGUUCCAGUUCCACCGCCGCCGCUGGCUGCUCAGCAUGUCGGCCUCCGCUCCCACGGCGACGGAGGAGAAGCGUCAAAUCCAGCAGCACCACAGCGAACUCGACCACUCGGCGCAGACGGGGGAAUCUUCUUCAGCCGGCCACCCUUCUGCCUCGACCAGCAACCCGCAGAACCCGACGCCGCCUCCGUACUCGGGCCCCUCGAGCCCGUCGCCUCAGGAUGGCGAGGCCGACUCGGAGCAGCAGCAACGGAUGCUGCAACAGCAGCUCGAGCAGCAGGACGGCGGCGCGGAGCGGCGGCGGCAGCCGCAGCGCUACCCGGGCCUCCCACGGCUCGACUACAGCCUCUACUCGCCCGCCACCUUUGAGCUGCAGCCGGGGGCGGCGGCCAUCAAGUCGACGGCCACGUACCUGUCGGCCAACGAGCAGGCGCUGGUUAGCCUGGUCCGGAGCCAGGCGACGGUGCCGCCCAAGCCCGUCAUCGAGAUACGCGGCAGCCGCGGGCGCCACGUCGACUUCCACGUGCGCUGCAACCUCAUGAGCCUGCUCGUGCCCGAGGACCCGGCCGGGCGGCUCGACUACCUGCGGUGCGUCUCCCCGGACGAGCCGGCACUGCGCGGGGGUGCCAAGCCCAAGACGGCGCCGCACCCGGGCGGCGGCACGCUCGAGGCCUGGGCGCGCGCCUACGUCCGGGACCAGAGCCACAGCAAGUGCUUCGUGCUGGAGCGGCAGGUCGUCAACCUGGACGUCAACUUCAUCGAGGGCCAGAUCCGGACCAUGGUGGCCGCCAUGGGCUACCGGGGCUUGCUCACCGUCAGCGUCCCGCUCCUGCACUCGCGCGUCGUAGUGCAGUCGCCCGACAGGGUGAACCGGUUUCUCACCUCGGUCACGACGCUCUUUACGGGCCGGAGCACCUACGAGGUGGUCAAGGCCGUCUGGCCGUUCGCGACACACCCCAAGGGCGAGCCCGGCCGGCGUUGCGCCGUGCAGAGCGAGGAGACGUGGUGGAAGGAAUGGAGGGACCCCCUAAAAUUCGCCAUCGCGACGAGGCGGAGCGGCUGGGUCACCAACGAGGACAAGCUCGAGUGUAUAAUGGAAAGUAAAGGUAAAGGUGUGGCUGUUGACUGGGGGCCGGACAGCCUCGAAUGAGAUGCUGUGUUUUAAUCUUUUUUUUCUUUGACUUUUUUUAUUGGUCAACAUGCUCCAUAGCGAGAGGUGCUCACAUCAUAAAGAUAUCCAAAUCUAGGGCAUCUAGCUUAUGGCAGAGCCCACAUUCUACCCCCAAAGAAUCCGGCAGCUCACACAAGUAGAAGAGGAGAUGAGAAAAUGGGCAAGCAAAAACAAAACACCAAAAAAGUUCAUGAUCAGAGUGGGACUCGAACCCACGCGGAUUGCUCCAUAGGAAGACUGUGAUAUCACCUUAAUCCUACGCCAUAACCAACUCUAGAGGGGAUGUCAGUACGGGACUGCGAUGGCAGAUGGUGGAGGAGGGACGCAGAUUGUGACAUACCGGCCAUCUGACCACCUGAUUCGGGGUUGGAGGUGCUGCUCCACUGCGUGAGCGAAAUAGUCAGCCUUGCUUUGGUCAAUCAUGGAGCGGUAAAUCAUGAGAAGCCUCUCCAUUUAGAAUCGAAACUGUGAUAUGAAGGGAAGCUCAUUCUUGAGCAGCCCGACACGGCCAGUCUUUGGCCAACAGUGCCCCCAAAACCCGGAAAUUCGAUGUGAUGAACUGGAAUGAUUCAUCCUGAGUGCCUGCCGC